AUGGUUCACCCAGCGCAGAAGCGCCCGCGGUCAGAAGACGAAGAGCAAGAAGCGCAAGCAAAGCGCGCCCGCAACGACUCCAUCACCACAUCGCAAGAGCAGCGCUACAACGACAACAAGCCCGCAAUCGAAGCCUGGUGCAAAGCGCAGCAAACCCACCCCAAAGCACGUUGGUACGAGAAGCUGCACGCUUGGGAAACGAAUGGCUGUCGCGACGUAAGACGCAAGUCAACAGCCACGACAUCGCCGCCUACCCCCGUCGCCAUCACACAAACCCCCGGAAUGGAUUCGCCCGCAGAGAUUCUGGAUAUUAGACGGCAAUGGGGCGACGCCAAACCAGACCGUCGCGUGCAUCCCCUAGACAAAGCCGAAGUCCCCGAAUAUCCCACCGAAGACUCACUCGCGAACUGUACAAAGAGGCCUGAUGGACUUUACAAGUGCCUACAUCCUGAGGGGAGUCACCACAAGUGUUGCCGCGAGGGGCUUACACAGAAGAACAAGAAACAUGCUAUUGGCAAGCAGAUCCGGGCGUGGAAGACGCGGGUUGAGGAGAUGGUGUUGAAAGGGGAGUUGCAUGUUGCGCAUAAGACGUGGGGGGAUUGGAAUAAGAAGUAUAAGGGGGAGUAUGGGGGGGAGGUGGAGAGGUGGGAUGGGGUGUUGAGGCUGUUGGGGGGUUUGCAGGGGAGGAAGGGGGGAGGGGGGAUGGCUGUGUCGCCAGUUCCUCCUCCCUCAGGGACGCCAUUUCCUCUUCCUGCGGCGUUGCCUGCUCGGAGGACUCCGGUCGAAGCUGCCCGUCAUGCUAGUCCGCAGGGAUAUGCGCCACAGACAUUUGUUCCAUCCGCGUCACCGACUCAGCAGAUGUCCCCGUUGCAACAGGCUACCCACGCACAUGCAGUAUCGAGGCAGUUCCAGCAUCAGUCCCCACAGCAGCAGCCAGUUCAACAGCCAGUUAACCCGGGCAGUAUACCGAGUUCACCAGCUCAUCCAGUGUCUUACCCGCAACUUCAAGCCCAACACACCUUCCUCAACUCGCCAACACAAUCUCUCACUCCCUUGGCCAUAUCAACAAGUCCCGCUCCAGCAGCAAAGCGUCAAGCCGGAGAACCUGCAUUUGGCUACAACGGAUUGCCUCCAAAUGGACCACAUCGACAGCAGGAACUUGCUAGCUUCUCUCCUCAGCGCAGGGCGCAGGAGCAUACUGCGAUCGCAUCUGUAACAGCCCCCUCAUUUGCUCACCAUUUGGCGCAAUAUGCAACACCGCCGCGUCAGACACUGCCGCCAGUCGCCUCUGCGCAAUCGGACCAUCGUAGUAACGAUCUGACCACACCGCACUCCACGGGUCGAGGGCGAGGGGACCGCCAACAGGAACAGCAAGCUCCGCCGCAGGUUCAAAAUGCUAGACAGCAGCAAGCUGGAGUCCAGCUGCCAUCAUCAGGUGCGACGACAAACCAUGCGGCCAAAACACAUCCAGCGUCGACCCAGACGGCUACAAGCCCAAGCACAGCGCCAAAGCACACUUCCGCAUCCACCCUCACACCCAGGAUGUCAUCCACCACUCACACACUCUCGCCAGACAAGUCUUCCACCCUGGCAGCUGCGUCGCCUGUGGCACCAAACCGUGGUGUAGACUACGAACCAGCAGCGGCGCGCAUGCUGCAACAGCAGAUCAAGGACAAUGAGCCUAUUGUGCUUGGUGGAGUGAAGAUCACCAGGGAGGAUGUGAACAGCAACAUGGGUGGCUGUGUGCGAAGACUGGCGACGGCAUUGCGAGUGGAAGCUGAGGAAGUUGCGCUGAGAAAGGUUGAGGAAGUUGCGCGGAAGGAGGCCGAGGAGACUGCGCGUACCAACUCGAAGGACGCUUCUCAAGGCCAAGCUGAAACUACCGACGAGAUUGCGGCUCUCGCGGUGUCAAAUGAAAACGAAGGCCACGAACUAGACUACCUCUUCUCCGACACUCCCAUCCCCGCCUCUCACAGCCACCCCAUCGACUUCGGUAACGUAAACGACUACCUCUUCUCCUCCAGCCCCGACAGCCCCGACAGGAACGAAUGGCGCCCAGACUUCAUGCCCGACCUACCACCCAACUUCGGCAAAAUGGAUCUCGCUGCAAUGACGCAGCGCGCCUUUGAGGAAGAGCCCACAGGAGCACAACAAGACGACCCCUUCCUGCAACCGCCUAAGGACGAAGAUACACUAGCCGACCUGAGUUACCCAGAAGCCUGGUUCAUAGAAGAUGUCGAGGACUUCGUAACCAGUGGACCGCUUCCUGAGUGGAUGCAACGGCCUACGACGGAUUUCACUUUGGAGAAGAUGGAGGGUUUUGAUGGAGAUUUGGUGAUGCCGGGGGAUCCAGAGGAUUGGUUGCAGGCAAGCAGGGCCUGGCAGGAAGAAAGGGAGAAGGAAAGGGAGGCGGAUCGGAGGGGAGCGCGUGGAGGUGUGCAGUGA